CUGGUGGCUGGGAGUGUGGUCAUGGCUUUUGAGGAGGUGUGCCCAGAUCGCAUCGAUCUGAUCCAUAAGAACUACAGAAAACUGUGUAAUCUGCUGGUGGAUGUGGAGGAGUGGGGCCAGGUGGUCAUCAUCUCUAUGCUGACCCGCUAUGCCAGGACACAGUUCACCAGUCCCUGGACAGAGGGUGCUGAGUUUGAUGAGAAUAAAGCCUUCUAUGACUCUGACUCGGAGGAGAAAAAAGACCAGACAGAAGCAAAGCCUUACAUCAUGGAUCCGGAUCACAGGCUGCUGCUCAGGAACACCAAACCUCUACUGCAGAGCAGGAACACCGCUGUAGUGAUGGCUGUUGCUCAGCUUUACUGGCAUCUGGCUCCUAAACACGAAGUCAGUAUUGUCACCAAGUCACUGGUUCGACUCCUGAGAAGCCACAGAGAAGUGCAGUACAUUGUGCUUCAGAACAUCGCCACGAUGUCUAUACAGAGAAAGGGGAUGUUUGAGCCCUUCAUUAAGAGUUUCUAUGUGAGAUCGACAGAUGCCACGCAUAUCAAAACACUAAAGUUGGAGAUCCUGACCAAUCUAGCUAAUGAAGCUAACAUCUCCACAAUUCUGAGAGAAUUCCAGACCUACGUGAAGAGUCAGGACAAGGCGUUCGCAGCAGCUACCAUCCAGGCCAUCGGCAGGUGCGCUACCAACAUCUCUGAGGUGACGGACACAUGCCUCAACGGUCUGGUGUUGCUGCUUUCUAAUAGAGACGAGACCGUGGUGGCCGAGAGCAUCGUGGUCAUCAAGAAGCUGCUUCAGACUCAACCCACUCAGCACGGUGACAUCAUCAAACACAUGGCCAAGCUCUUCGAUAGCGUCACUGUUCCCAUGGCCCGAGCCAGCAUCCUGUGGCUGAUGGGAGAGUACUGCGAGAAGGUGCCAAAGAUUGCGCCCGAUGUACUGCGCAAGAUGGCAAAGACGUUCACAGCAGAGGAGGACAUCGUCAAGCUGCAGACUGUCAAUCUAGCUGCAAAGCUCUACCUGACCAACUCUAAGCAGACCAAGCUGCUGACCCAGUACAUCCUGAACCUCGGCAAAUACGACCAGAACUACGACAUCAGAGACCGAACACGAUUCAUACGGCAGCUGAUAGUGCCCAACGAGAAGAGCGGUGCGCUCAGCAAGUACGCUCGACGCAUCUUACUGGCCCCCAAACCGGCUCCAGUGCUCGAGUCUGCCUUCAAAGAUCGAGACCGUUACCAGCUCGGCACUCUCUCCCACAGUCUUAACCUUAAAGCCACUGGGUACCAGGAGCUCCCAGACUGGCCUGCUGUUGCUCCCGACCAGUCUGUGAGAAACGUGGAGAUUGUUGAACCACUGAGCGAGUCGGCACCAAUAGUUGGGAAGACCAAACAGCCUAAAUCUGAUGACAAGUUCUACUCAGAUGAUGAAGACGAGAAAGAGGAGGAAGAAUCCGACAGCAGCGGCAGUGGAAGUGAAGACAGCAGCAGCAGUGAAGAAUCGGGCAGUGAGAGCGAGGAGGAAAGCAGUGAGGAUUCAGAGAAGACCUCCAGUGAUUCUGGAAAAAGCUCCAGUGGAUCUGAAAAGAGCUCCAGUGAGUCUGAAUCAGAUCAAAAAAAGAAGAAAAAGACCAAGAAAGCACCGCAGAAGAAAAGCAAGCCUGCUGGUGACAGUGACUCUGAUGAAAAUGGCAAUGGACCUGUAGGCCAAGCUAGCAGCUCAUCCUCUGAAAGCUCCUCAGACUCUGAGUCGGACUCUGAGUCGGACUCUGGGUCAGACUCGCCCGCACCCAAGAAGAAGACUGAAGAAAAGGCCAAACCCAAGGUGGCAGUGAACUCCAAGAAGGAAGUCUCUUUACUGGAUCUAGAUGACUUUUCUCCUGCACCCACCAACGCACCAAAGCCUUCUGUGCUCUCUCAAAGUCUGCUGUCCGACCUCGAAGGCCUUUCUCUCUCCAACAUCACCUCCACUGUGCAGGUCACCACUUCAUCUUUUGGCCCUUUGAAAACCUAUGAGCUGCUUCACCAUAUGACAGGAAAAGGUCUGUCGGCCAAGUACCAUUUCCCCAGGCAGCCAUGUUUGUACCAGCCCAGUAUGGUUGCAGUACAGGUCAUACUGAACAACAGCUCAGACCACGCCCUGGAGGAGAUCCAUAUAGGAGACCGGAGCCCUGCAAGCCUGAACAUCCACUGCUUUAACACCAUUGAGCGGUUGGAGCCAGGGGCCUCGGUGACGGUAUCCAUGGGUAUUGACUUCAGCGACUCGACACAAGCAGCCAACUUCCAGUUGUGCACCAAGGAGGACCAGUUCAGUGUGUCCAUCCAGCCUGCUGUAGGAGAGUUGUUAAUGGUCAGCACCAUGACAGAACAAGACUUCUGCAAGGAGCAAGGUAAGCUCCAGGGCAUGAAUGAAACAUCUGCAACCAUCACCAUGGCAACAGCUAAUGCAUCCAGGCAAGCCAUCAACAAGCAGGUCCUGUCUGUAGCCAACGUAGGAGAAGUGCCUUCCAGUCAAAACAACUUCAGCAGGUAA